GCCGGGUGCGGGGUGCGGAGCUGCUGGUGGGGGCUCUGCACCCACCAAUUUUCUGUAUCCCUUCUCCAUAAAAACUCAUGUGAAUGGGAAGAAAAUCUUUUCUGUUACAGACUGUGGAUGUAGUUACUGUCUAGUGGUGUUGAGACCUCUGGAGACGCAGAUAAUGCAGCCCAAACUAGCAACCGUGGCCAGCUGGUGUAACCUGGCACAGCUCCUCUGAGAGCAGUGCAGCUAUGCCGAGUUACAGCCCAGGGUCUGGCCCUGUGAAAUCAUCCCUCUUUCUCUGUUACGGGGACGUUCCCAUCUGCUUUAGACUUUGGCCCUGGCACCUAAAAAUGGGCUAAUUUCCCCAUAAAUAAAGGAAGAACAAAACGGGUUUCUUUAGGGUCACUGGGCUCCGAGUGUGUGGAAAUCAGUGCUGCCUCCAGAAGACAAGACAGGCCGAGGUGGCCCAGAGGCAGUGGGACAGAAGUGCACCGGCAGGCGGGAAUGGUGGUGCUGGGAGACGAGCUGGGUGCUGAAGAGGGGAGGUGGAUGGGAAGCAAAGGGGAAUUGGCUGGGGCGGCAGAAUCUCACUGGGGUGGAGCAACUGGGGACAAGGUGCUUGUCUGGGGGAGAAGGGGAAUGGAAGGACCUGCACACGAAGUACUGUAGAUAACACUGAGUCCUGCCUCAGGGCCGGGGGCUGGACCACACGACCGAGCGAGGUCCCUUCUGGGCCUGUGUUGCUACGAUUCUGUGAAUUUCCUCCUCUUCAGUUGCCCAGUGUAAUUGGCUGAGGGGAGCAGACCAGUUCUUGUCCGGUGCUAUAAGGGUUAAUGUUUCUGUAAGCCGACUUGGUCUCUUUUAGGAAUACAGCGAGGGCUCCCGGCACCCUGUGCCCUCCUCCCCAGAUGCUGCCAUUGGUCUGGUUUCCUGUGCUCCUGGGGUGGGUCACUGCAGGAUCGGAGCCGAGUGACAAAUCAAACGUCCGCUCCAGGGCCGGGGAGGACGUCACCCUCAGCUGCAGAUUCAAGCUGUCCUCAGACUUCGUGCUGAACAGACUCCGCAUCCACUGGCAGGUCUUCCGAGACGAGGAGGGCUCCGUGGUGCACAGCUACUACGAUGGGGCCGACAGGCUGGAGGACCAGGAGGUGGAGUUCAAGGGUCGGACGAAGCUCUUUCUCCAAGAGCUCAGUGAGGGGGUGGCCUCCCUGAACCUCACCCGGGUGCGGCCGUCAGACAGCGGGGAAUACAGGUGCAUCAUAGUGAACAGCCAGGAUGUGGUCAUUGGGAGCGUCAUCCUCCAUGUAUCAGCGCCAUACGAACCGCCCCAGAUCACGGUCCUUUCCUGGGAGGAUGGCGAGAUGACCCUGCAGUGCAAGUCCAGCGGGGGCUAUCCCAAGGCUGAAAUAACAUGGCGCGAUGGGGACGGAAACCAGCUGAACCAGUCGGAGCCGGCAGAAUUUCGUCGGAGCAGUGAGGGAGUGUUCGAGGUGCAGAGCCGCCUGGCGGUGACCAGCCCUGAGGACAGCGCCUUCUGCUGCUCUCUGAUCCACGCCCCCUUUAAUCAGAACCUGAGCGUCUGUGAGAGAGUUACAGCCUUGAUGAGGGAGAACGAGACUGAGGCGGAGAGCUCUCGCCGCAGCAACGCUUGGAUUUUCGCCAUCGUGGGCGUGGUAGUAACAGUUGUGGUCGGUGUUGGAUACCGUAUGUACCGGAGAAGAAGACGGAGCUCUCAGAAAGAUACUCCUGUACGCCACGGUGCAGAAAGCGAAGUUCGCCUGCAGACAGACUACAACGCUCCGCGAGAACAGCAUGGUGAAGAGACGGCUGUCCUGCUGGAGUCUGAGCCUGAAGGAGAAGGGAAAUCACUCCAGGACUUCCUAGUGCGCCUGGGACUGGAGGGACACCAAAGCAGAAAGCUCAAGCUGGACGACAUCCUGGAAAUUAACACGGAGACGUUAGAAGAGAGCAACCCUCGGACGUUAGGGGAGAUCCCGUGGCAUUUCCUCAGGAAGGUCAUGGCUGUGAACGGGAUGGCCAGACGCACAAGGCUGGUACUCGCUGCACCAGGUGACAGUGGGAUCAGCAAGGAUGGGGAGGAACCCUUUGCCAUUAUUCCUCCUACCAGCCCAGCCCCCAGCGUGUGCGUGAACCCCCUGGAUGUGCUCUGUGCCGUUCUGUGCUGCUCAGACACGUUCCUGCGGCAGGAGGUCCUGCUGAAGAUGUCCAUGUGCCAGUUCGCCCUCCCACUGCUGCUGCCUGCCCUGGACUCCCCCACGUGCACGCUCCUGCUGUGGGCCAUGCGGGACAUCGUGAGGAACUGGAGGCCGCGCUCCUUGCGAGACAGCCGGGGGUUCAGGGAGGAGAACCUGGUGCUCACGUCAGUGCCAACCUUUUCCUUCGUGCGGCUGGGGAGAUGCAGCUUGUCCAAGUCCAAACUCCUUAACAAGGUCCUCAGCCCUCCCCAGCAGCAGCACGAUUUCUUCGUGCAUCGGGACAUGGAGUCUGGGAACGUCCCUCGGGCAAUCGCAGAGGGGAUGGUAGAGAUCUCCUGGUAUUUCCCUGGGGGGAGGGAGAGUUCGGAUCCUUUCCAGGAGCCCAUUGCGGUUAUUAACCUGCGGGGGGACAUUGAGUCCCACCGGCUGCAGUUCCGCUUCCUGGCAGAGGUCUCCUCAGCUGUGUUCAUAUUCGCUGAACACAUCAGUGAGAGAAAAUACAAACUCCUAUCAUCACUGCAGGGCACGGGAACAAAAUUCUACCUCAUACUCAGCCCCAGAAUUACCAUAACCCGAGAAACACAGGGAUUCCUCAAUGAACUGGCCCCGCUGCUCAAGCUGACCCCGUCCCACGUGCUUGUGAAGGAUAACACUGCAAACGAUUCAGACUUUGUGACAAGGCUGCAGGCCACCUUAGCACACCUGACGAAGCCGCCCCAGAGAGCCGUGAGCAUAGAGGACAUGGCUGGGAGAGCGCGUGAACUCGGAUUCCAGGUAGAUGAGGACUGCGAGGAAUGUGAGAAAGCGAGAAAGAGAGCAGACGAAAUCACUGGGGAAAUAGGGGACGUUGUCGAGUACAAGGGCAGGGCACUGAUGCUCCAAGGGGAUCCAUGUAAACGCCUGGCUGAAGUAGAAAGAGAACUGUGUCAAAUGAAGAAGCAAGGGGAAAUCCCCACAGAGGAUUAUAAAUCGCAGCUGAGGCGGGAAUUGCUGGCGUUACGGACCCAGCAGCAUGGGCGUGAUCUCACGGGCGGGAUGGGGACAUUCAAGGCAUCACUCGAACAGCUCACUCCAGUGGAAACACACUACUUCCUGAAGUGGAUGAAAUUCAGACUGGAUCACAUUGCUCGGGAGAAUCUUUCCAAACUGCGGGCUGAAUAUAAGGAGACAUAUAGGACUCCAGGCUGUAGCCCCAAGGAGAUAGCAAAGCUAGGUGAGUUAAUUGCAGCCAGUUCCUUAGGGGUGGAGCAUUUCAUGCGGGAGUUGGGGCAGUUUUAUGAGGCAGAACACUCAGUGUGUAAGGACGGCAAAGUAGCCCAAAGCCAAAGGCAGUUCACCCAUCUCCCAGGCAUAGCCGCUGAGCUGAUGCUGAGCGGAUUUCCUCUAGAGAUCAUCGAUGGAGACGCAUCCUACGUCCCGCUGCAGUGGGUGACAGAGGUUCUGACCGAGCUCCAUGCCAAGCUGCGGGGAAGGUCCAGGUUGCUGGUUCUGUCAAUGCUGGGCGUGCAGAGCACCGGCAAAUCCACCCUGCUGAACUCCAUGUUCGGCCUGCAGCUGGCAGUGAGCAGCGGCCGAUGUACGCGAGGAGCCUUCAUGACGCUCAUUCAAGUUGCAGAGAAGUUUCAGCAGGAGCUUGGCUGCGACUUUAUCCUGGUGAUAGACACAGAAGGCUUGAGAGCCCCUCAGCUGGCCAAGCUGGAGGACAGCUAUGAACAUGACAAUGAGCUGGCCACACUGGUGAUUGGGUUAAGCGACAUAACGAUCGUUAACAUGGCCAUGGAGAACACCAGCGAAAUGAAGGACAUUCUGCAAAUCGUGGUCCAUGCCUUUCUCAGGAUGAAGGAAAUCGGGCACAAACCCAACUGCCAGUUUGUGCAUCAGAACAUCAGUGACGUGUCUGCCCACGAGCAAAACAUGAGGGACAGGAAUCAUUUCCUGGAACAUCUCAAUGAAAUGACCAAAGCUGCAGCGAGGAUGGAAAAACUAAACAGGGAUCUGACUUUUUGUGAUAUUAUGGCGUAUGAUCCGGAAGAACACGACUGGUACAUCCCUGGGCUGUGGCAGGGAGUCCCGCCCAUGGCUCCAGUGAACCUGGGGUACAGUGAGAGUGUUUAUGAGCUAAAGAAAUACUUGGUUGAAGUUAUGAGAAGCUGGUCACCUAACAGAGACCCCAGGGACAUCCCCCGGUUUACCAAGUGGGUGAAGAGUCUGUGGAACGCUGUGAAACACGAGAACUUCAUCUUCAGCUUCAGAAACAGCCUGGUAGCUGAGGCCUAUAACCAGCUGUCUCUGAGGUAUUCGGAGUGGGAGUGGGAGCUCCGCAGGGAGAUGCAUCUCUGGGUAUGUGGCCAAGAAACUGCAAUUCAGAACCAGCCCUGUAAUGAACUACCUGAUGCCAGGAACUUAAAACAGGAGGCACAGGGAAAAGUGCAGCAAGGGGAAGAGAAGAUUUUGUUUCGUUUACAGGAAUACUUUGAAAGUGGAGCUAGAAACCGACACCUGAUAGAAAAGUACAGAGAAGAUUUUGUCAGAAGCACAAAGAGCCUGACGACAGAACUUGAGCGUUACUCAGCCAGCAAGUGUGAAGAAGCAAUUCUUAUUACAAAAAGCAGGCAUAAAAUAGACAAUAUCCAGGCCACGUACAUGAGAAUGACGGAAAAGAAAGUCGUCAGCCUUCUGGAAAAUUGCAAGAGAAGAAAACUUAAACUGGACACGAAGGAACUGGAAGUAGAAUUUGAAACGAUGUGGAAGGAAGCAGUGUCUGAGUUAAAGCUCAUUAGUUUAAGGAAACGCCAACUUUCCCAAGAUCUAGAGUUCCAGCUGAGAAAGGACCUGGAGAAUCGAGGGAGCACAGUCAGGCAGAAACUUCAAGAAGCAGGAAAUUUGUGCAGUUACAGGAUUAAAUCUUUCACUAUGGAUAAUGAGUAUUUGGAUUUAACGUGUUUCGGGGACACAAGAGAAUCGUUCACAGAGGAAUACUGGCACAACGCAGAGGAACUUGCUCAGUCUUUAAUGGACAAGUGCCACCGUUAUAUCGAAGAGAAGGUGAAUUCCAAAGUGGACUAUGAUGAGACCUAUGGCAGAGAACUGCUGCGGAUGAUCAACGAGAGGCUUCAGCAGGAGGACGUGCCAAACCUUCACACUAAUGCUUGCUUUGAAGUUGACCUGAAACUUCAUAUUUUGGGGGAGGCGGCCCAUGCAUUCCAGGGGAUGCAUGAAGACUUUAUCAAAGAAAAUGAUCCUCGGGAACGGCUGGAGAAACUGAAACCUCAGUAUUUGUCCACAUUUAUAAACCAUUACCUGGAAAAGGAUUCCUGCCAGCAGAGAGCCAGGGAUUUCUGUGAGCUCUGUCUCAAACCUGCCCUGGCAGAACAUGUUAACAAAAGACUGGGAAUCAGGAUAGUAGAUGACCUUUCCAGCAGUGAGAAGGCCAAUGGUUACCGCAGCCGGGCCUGCUUCCAGCUCUCUGUGCUGCAGAAGCUGCUGGAAGAGCUGGACUUUGACAACUACAAGAAAUACAUUAACGACUAUGAAAGUUUUGUCAAAGCGGCGAUACGGAGAGACAUUUCAGAUCACUAUGGAAACAGAGAAAGCGUCGAAGCUCUCGAAGCAGAGAUCCUGUCCACCAUCAUCAAGAAAGUCAGAGGAGCUCUAGAGAUGCCAACCGAUGGGGGACCGAGCACAGUCUCUGACUUUGUAGCAAACCUUUGCAGGCUGUUACAGAAAGACCUAGUCAUCCCCAGGGACAGUUUGGAAAUGAUCCUCUUCCAAUUUACGGCCAGCGCUGAUCCCAGCCAGUUUUCUGCGGACAUUCGGGACUCUCUCUCUGAGCUGGAGCAGAACCUGGCCUCAGAAUUCAAAGCUGUGAACAUGGAGGAGAAACUGUCCAAGCUCCAGGUGAAGCCCCAGGAUGAGCUGUUCAAGCGAGUGUUUGGCUGUGGGACGCAGUGUCCGUUCUGCGGAGUCCCCUGUGAAGCAGAAGGCCCGACCCACAGGGAGCACUUUGCAUCAGCACAUCGGCCCCGUGGACUGAGGCGACGCAGGGAUCACAUCACAAAAAUACUUGGCUAUUCGUUAUGCUCCUCUGAUGUGGUCUCUAAUGCUUUGUUUAGCAAUUCCGAUACAAAUGGGAAACUGGUUCCCUUCAGAGAUUACCGCCAGCAUUACCCAGACUGGCUCAUUCAGCCAGACCCCAGCGCAGAGGCUUCCGAUUACUGGAAGUUUGUAUUUAAAGAGUUCAGUCACCAGUUUGCCAGCAAGCAUAAGGCUAAGCCAGCCGAUCUCCCAGAAGACUGGUGGAAAAUAACCAAGGAGCAGGCCAUGGAGAGCAUUAAGGGCAUGUAUAGCAUGCAAUAGUCCAGCACAGACAGCCUGGUCUUCCAGACACUUUGGCUGCUCAAUGUUAUGCAUGAAGAAAUGUGGUGAGUAACAUGUAAGGUGGGCCAUAUGAAGUAAUAUUCAAGUGCAAAGGGGCUUGGUGCCACAAUCUGUCUAUUGCUGUGUGUCCUGCGAAAUGAAAUAAUUUUGCCUCGGUCUGGCAGAAAAGAACGGUGAAAAUACUGCUGCCCUCUGAGCAAUAGUCACAAUCGGGGCCUCUUCGGGUGGUUUCCAUUUGGACGAGAAAUCAGUGAGACAGAGUCAUUAUGUGCAGACAGCCGCUUUCUGUGAUCGUAGGAACAUGCUACGGACCGGCAGAAAGCCCGGUCCCAUGCACCCAGUCAUCCCAGCGUCAUGGUGCCUUAGGGCUGGUCUGCACUUAAACAUUAGAUCGACCUAGCAGCAUUGCUCAGAGCUGUGAAAAAUUCACACCCCUGAAUGCCGUAGUUAAUCCAACACAACCCAGUGUAGACCUGGCUAGCUCAGUGUGUGUGUAUGUUUGGGGAGGGGUGUCGCUGUUGAAAUCCCAGCAGCAGCAGUGGGCCUGGAGAGGUGUCCCGAAGAGCCAGGGGGAGGGAGUGUCAGUCACAGCCCCUACCCUGUCAGGCUACUGGGGGAUUGUGGGGUGUCUCAUGUGGGAGUCAUGGGGGGCCCCUACCAAGGUGCAGGACACCGGCCAUGUGAGUAGGGUCCCACGGCAGUGUGACAACAUGGAAAUAUUCUGUAAUUUUGUAAUUCUGUAAAUUUUCUGUAAUGGGUCAUUAUAUAAAGUAAAACUAUUUCCCCAAGUUUAUCCCCCCCCCCCCCCACUGUUCCUCAGACCUUCUUGUCAACUGCUGGAAAUGGCCCACCUUGAUUAUCACGAUAAAAGGUUUUCUCCCCCGCCCCCCACCCCGCUCUCCUGCUGGUAAUAGCUCACCUUUCCUGAUCGCUCUCAUUACAGUGUGUAUGACAACACCCAUUUUUUUCAUGUUCUCUGUGUAUAUAAAUCUCCCCACUGUAUUUUCCCCUGCAUGCAUCCGAUGAAGUGAGCUGUAGCUCACAAAAGCUUAUGCUCAAAUAA